UUGAGGGAAAAUUCAGUAAUAGUUUAACACUCGGGGAGUUCGCUUCGUUUUGCACGCAAGGAUAAUUUUUGUGCUUUUUAUAUUGCACCGUGUUAUCUGUAGUCAAGUUGGCCUGACCCGUUGACGAUUAAAGAGAACCUUCAGCAUGGGGGUGGCUGAAGAUUUCGCUCCCAGCUUUGUGAAAAAGCCACAAUUGCAUCAGGAAGACGAUGGCAAUCGUUUGAUAUUCGAGUGCCAACUUUUGUCGGCUCCAAAACCGGAUAUCGAAUGGUUUCGAAGUGAUAACAAAUUAUCAGAGGAUGGUCGAACCAAAUUCAAAAUCCAACCAAUUGGAGACAACAAAUUUACGGUAGUAUUAGAAUUGGACGAUGUCGUUGAAACAGAUGCAGGCCUUUAUAAGGUUAAAGCAAAAAAUAAAUCGGGAGAAGUAUCCGCAUCAAUUAAUUUAAACUUCACACUGGGAAAGUUUUGUCUUCUUGAAGACAUAAGACAAAUCGACGGCAUCGCCCCGACAUUCGCGAAAAAACCCACCAUACGACAAGAAGAGGAUGGAAAGCGUCUUUUAUUUGAAUGCCGAGUAAAUGCCGAUCCUCUACCAACAAUCACAUGGUUUCAUAAUGGCACGCCUGUUAAGGAAUCUACAAGACAUAAACUUAUCGUCGAUAAGGAUGUACAUUCGUAUUUUGCAGCUCUUGAAAUUCAAAAUGUCACAGUUGAGGAUGCUGGCAAAUAUAAAGUAAAUGCAAAAAAUGAGCUUGGCGAGAGUAAUGCAACUAUCAGCCUAAACUUUGACAGCGACGAGGCUCCCAUGCCGGAGAGCACAGAUGGAAUUAAGCCCACAUUUACUGAACGUCCCGUUAUUUGUCAAAGCGAGGAUGGUGGAAAUGUUACUUUUGAAUGUAGAUGCGUUGGAGAUCCAACACCAACGGUUACAUGGUCACAUGGCGAGACAGUCUUGAGUGAGGGCAAACGCUACAAAAUGUCAUUAACUCUGGAUCAAAAACUCUACCAUAUGGCACGCUUAGAGAUUAGCAGUGUAGUCUCAAGCGACCAAGGCGAAUAUCGAGCCCAAGCGAAAAAUAAACAUGGUACCGGCAUUGCAACGAUUAAUUUAAGCUUUGAAAGCGGCUCGAAAAAAAUUCCGGACGGUAAGUCUCCACGAUUCCCAAAAAAACCAACAAUUCGACAAGAGGAGGAUAUAUUGUUAAUGGAAUGCAUUUUGGAGGCACAUCCAGUUCCGGAUAUAACCUGGUAUUGCUCAGAUAAGCAGAUCACAGACACUCUACGAACUAAAAUGACACGAAAGGCCAUUACCAAAGACAGCUAUAUUUUAACGCUCGAAAUACAAAACCCCACUAAAGAUGAUGGUGGCAACUAUCGCUGCAACGCUAUUAAUAUGUAUGGAGAAAGUAAUGCAAAUAUUGCGCUUAAUUUCCAAGGUGCGAAUGAUGCAAAUGGUUUUGCGCCGUCCUUCAUCGAGAAGCCUAGGAUAAUACCAAAUGAGACAGGCACUUUAAUAACAAUGAAGUGUAAAUGCAAAGCAAAGCCUGAACCAACAGUAACGUGGUACAGAGGACAAGAGCUUGUCACAAAAAGUAAAAAAAUUAAAAUCAACAGCACGAUAAUCUCCGAAGAUAUUUAUGAAUUGACUUUGGAAAUUAAGGAUCCCGGAGCAACUGACGGUGGUACCUACCGGUGCAAUGUAAAAAAUGAUUUCGGUGAAUCAAAUGCGAAUUUGAAUUUAAAUAUUGAAGCAGAGCCUGAGCCCGAAGGUGAAGGCCCAACAUUUAUUGAAAAGCCCCGCAUUAUAUCUGAAAAUAAUGGUAAACUUGUCAUUAUGGAGUGCAAAGUCAAGGCUGAUCCAAAGCCAGAUGUUAUUUGGUUCCGCAAUGGAGAUGUUAUUCAGGAAUCCAAUAAACUGAAAAUGUCCAUGGAACAGCGAGGUGAUCAGUACUACAUUAAAUUGGAAUUACUUGACCCGCAGUUGGAGGACUCGGGACUGUAUAAGUGCAACAUUAAAAAUUCAUUGGGAGAACUGAAUGCGAAUCUCACUCUGAAUAUUGAAAUUGUUCCUGUCAUAAAGGACAAACCUAAAAUCAUUAAAAUAAUAAAAAAACGAACUGUUGUCAUUGAAUGCACAGUUGCUUCCAAAUUUGAACCAAAAUGUACAUGGUACAAGGAAAGCAAUACGGUUCAAGAAAGCAGCCGACAUGUGUAUCUAAUUGAAAAAACGAAAGAAGGUGAAUUUGCAGUGAAGCUUGAAAUAAAUGAAGUCGAAGAUAGUGAUAAAGGAGCAUACAAAUUGGUGGCAAGCAAUGAAAAGGGCGAGGCUGUAUCCCAAGUGGUCAAUCUAGUUGACAUUCCAGAGGAAGAGCGUAAACCAACCAAACCGCAAAUUACCCGUAAACUUGUUGAUCAAAAAAUAACUGAAACAAAUACAUUUGAACUUUUGAUAAGUCUAAAGCAAUCUGAUCGCAAAUGCAAAGUAGAGUGGUAUAAAGGAAGCACUCUUAUUCGUGAAACAAAGGAUAUUACAACAACAUUUGAUGGCACGAUUGCCAGAUUGACUUUUAGUUCAGCGAAAACAGAGAAUACGUCAAAUUAUAAGGUCGUUGUCGUCAAUGAGGCUGGCAAGGAUGAGUCCUCUUGCAAAAUUACUGUUGAAAAGAAGAGCAAAAAGAAAGAUGAAAAGGUUGAACAGGAAAAGGAAGGAGAAACCGAAAAGAAAACAAAGCAAGAAUCUUCUGAACAAGUGGCCCUGAAGAAAAUUGAACGCAAAGCCAGUGUUGUAUCUGUUAAAGAAGAAUCCAAAUCUGAGGUACGUCGAAAGUCAAUAGCAAAGGCACACGAAGACGAUUCCUCAGUUUCAUCAAGAAGAUCUUCACUUGUGGAGGAGAGUUUCGCAUCUGAGUCUAGGCGUACUUCUAUUGUGGAGAAGAAAGCAUUGGAGGAAGUUGUUGUUCACAACAACAAAAUUGAAGCCAACAGUAAUCCUCAAGCCAUAAAAGAAGAAAUUCCGAAGUUGAAACCAGCGGGGAAACGUCCAAUUUCAAAGACAGUAGAGGAGCAAAAACCAGUCGAGGAACUACCAAAGUUACGAAAAACAUCGAUUGCACAGCCAAAAGAGGAAGUGAAGCCUGAAACUAAACCAAAGGCCAAAGCCAAACCUAAAGCAAAACCAAAGUACGAAGAGCUCCCAGAAAUUCCAGAUUACGAACGUCCAACCCUUGAAAAAUACGAAAAAUCGGAAUUCAAACCCACUGAUUUUGCACGUGAUCUUGAAAUACCCAAUAAAAUGGAGAAACCAGUUUUAGAACUACCCAUUAAGCAAGCAGAAACGGCGCAGAAUAAUAAUGGGCUUGCUAAGAAAAAUAAAAUUAUAGAAGAAGAAUUGGAACAACCAAAAGGUAUUAAAAUUGGCAAAGGUAAACUUCCGGUUGAGGAGGAUAUUAGAGACGGCGCAACACUUAAACCCGUAAUAGUCGAACCAAAGACGGAUAAUCCAAUAGAACGCGCCGAAAAAGGAAAAAAGGAAAAUACCCCAUCUGUGAUGGAUAUUGUAAAACAACGACGUCGUUCCUCUAUCCGAAGCUUAAUGACUAAGGAACCCAUUCAGAACGAAUCUUUCCUUGGAAUAGUUUUAAAACCUGUAGUAAAGGACGCUAAAGAAAUAGUUCAGCCACAGCAAGCUAAAGAGUUACUUAAGGCACAUGUGACGGAACAAUUAACUCCCACGAAUGCAACCAAAGCGAAAAUAUCUGAUUUAAAAAAACCUGAACCUAUACCAACCAUUGUGGAUAAUAAUGAACGACCUGAGUUAGAUAAUUAUGAACGUGUGGAAAUUGAAAAAGUUAAACCGAAACCUGAGAAGCCCAUUACAGUCAUUAACACUCCGGACAAGCAACCUGACGUUCAAGUGCCUGCUGACAGCUUGAAGGAAGACAAAACGAAAGUUCCCAGAAUGCAGCCUCCUGCGCCCGGUGAGCCACCAAAAAUUGAGGUAAUUCGGGAGAAGCGUCCAUCACUUGCUCCAGAGCCACCGAGUAGACGAGGAUCCCUAAUUCCUCCCGCCGACAUGGGCCGUCGACCAUCCUUAAUCAUUAAUGACGAGAAGAAACUACGCCCCGGCGAAGUUAUGGAUACGCGGUUAUUGAGGCCAGGCGAGGUUGGUGAAGGACAGCGGAGACGUCCUUCCAUUGAUGUACGGAGACCAAGUGUUCAAGACCUGGAAGACCUUAUAAACAAACCUUCAACUCCGUUGCGUGAUGUUGGUGAUGGAGGUCCACCCUCAAUUAUCGAUGUACAGGAGUCAUACUCCGUGGUCGAAGACUCGACGGCCUACCUUACGGUUGGUGUCGAGGGCAACCCAGCACCUACAUUUAAAUUCUACAAAGGCGUUAGUGAAAUACUUGAGGGCGGUCGCUACAAAUUCCUAACGGAUGGGCAAACGAACACAAUUACAUUGUGUAUGCGUAAGUGCAAACCGAACGAUGAAAGCAAAUAUAAGGUUGUUGUUUCGAAUAUACAUGGUGAGGACUCCGCGGAGAUGCAAUUAUAUGUCUCCGAUUCAAGUGGUAUGGAUUUCCGUGCCAUGCUUAAAAAACGUCGUUAUCAAAAAUGGGACAAAGAAGAACAAGACCCUAAUUGGGGCGAUCUUAAAGAAACUGAAAAACCGUUGCCCGCUUUAAAAAAAGUCGAAAGGAAGGUUGAGUCAUUCCUUAGCCCGCUGAUAGACCAGUUCGCAAAGGAAGGAAAAGAUAAGAAAGUUGUAUUUGAAGCGCGAUUCAGCAAGCCAAAUUGCAAACCGAAAUGGCUUUUUAGAAAAGAUGAGGUGUUCACAGGCAGCAAAUACAAAUUCAAGCAAGAGAAUGAUACGUACCAGUUGAUAAUAACAACGCCUAAGGUGGAGGAUACUGGCAAAUACACAAUUGAAAUUGGCGGCGUGUCCAGCACCGCAUUUCUUAAUGUUGAGGAAGCCGAUCCCACCUACACAUUUACAAAACCACUCAAAAAGAAACUUGAAGGAUUUACGCGACAUGAGACGACAUUGGAAUGUGCUGUUAGCAGUAGCAUGGCCAAUGUGCAUUGGUUCAAGGAUAACAAAAAAAUUGAAUCGGAUGAUCCACGUUAUUUGAUCUCCAAAGAUAUUAAUGGUAAUCUAAAGCUCAUUAUCAAAGAAUCUCUAUUGGAGGACACGGGCAAAUAUCGAUGUCAAUUAGAUAAACAACCAGAUAAAACCGAAUGUGCCCUUAAUGUUGUGGAGUAUCCCUACAAGUUUGUCAAAGUACUCAAAUCACAGCAAUGUAUAGAGAAGGAUACUGUUACCCUGGCUUGUGAAAUUGACGAUGCCCAAGGUGAUGUUCAAUGGUUCCGUAAUGAUGAGGAAAUAAAGCCCGAUAAACGUAUGCAAAUUAUUAAAGACGGCCGUAAGCGAAAGCUUGUGAUUAAAGAUUGCAAAGUUACUGAUGCGGGUCAGUUUAGGUGUACAACAAACGCUGAUAAGACCGACGCUGAAAUUAUCAUAAACUAUCAAAAUCGAUUCAACAAGAAACUUAAAGACACUGAUGCUGUGGAGCGUGAGAAAUUGGUAUUAGAUGUAGAGCUACAGGAUCAAACAGCUCCAUGUGAUUGGAAGUUUAAUGGAGAACCCAUAGUGCCAAACGAACGUAUUGAAAUUAAAAAUUUAGGCGGUGGUAAACAUCAAUUGGUUUUUAACAGUCUUGAAUUAACCGAUGUUGGUGAGAUAACCUGUGAGUCGGGACAAUUGAACUCAACCUGCCAACUUUCUGUACGCAAAGGAGAGAGUAGACCCAACAUCGAUUGUCCAGAUGAGUUCGCUGGUCCUAUAAGUGCAGCUGUAAUUAUUGAAGUGCCCUACAAAGUCUGCGGUACAAGACAAACUCCGAUUGAAGCUAAAUUAAUUAAAGAUGGCAAACCCUUGCCCGUCAAGGAUGUUGAAGUUGCGGUCACCGAUGACAAGGUUACCUUUAAAAUUAAAAAACCCUCACGAGAUUUGUCAGGACCAUAUCAAAUAAAAAUUGUCAAUGGGCAGGGUGAAGAUACGAAAAAUGUUAACAUUAUAUGCCAAGAUGUCCCAGAACCUCCGAGAGAUAUAGAUAUUACUGAUGUGUAUCAAACUUCAUGUGUCGUGCAAUUCAAACCACCAGCGGACGAUGGCGGAAGUCCUAUAACAAAAUACGUGAUCGAACGCCAAGACUUGAGCAAAAAACAAGGCUGGGAUCCUGUCGCUGAGGUUCUACCAAACGAGCCAUGUCUUAAGAAAAUUGACGACUUGGUACCAAAGAAGCAGUACAGAUUCCGUUUACGUGCUGUCAACAAAAUUGGCCCAUCUGACCCGGCUACCUUCAAAAACUCAAUACUCGCAAAAGAUCCAUGGGAUGAGCCUGGUAAACCAAAAGAGGUUGAUCUGGUCGAUUGGGAUAAAGAUCAUGCUGAUUUGAAAUGGGAGGCACCCGACAGCGAUGGUGGUGAUCCCAUCACAGCAUACGUUGUUGAAUAUAAGGAAAAAUUCUCCAAUGAUUGGGUGGCCGGCAAAGAAGUACCCGGAGAUGCUAGAACAGCAACCGUUAAUGAUCUCAAAGAGGGCCAACAGUACGAAUUUCGAGUCCGUGCUAUUAAUCGAGCUGGUCCUGGCGAGCCUAGCGACAAGACGAAAGCCAUUAUUGCCAAAUGCCGUUUUGUUAAGCCAUUCCUCAUUGGCGAUGGCCUUAAAAAUAUCACUAUUAAGAAAGGGCAAACUGUGCGCUUUGAUAUAAAGUAUGACGGUGAACCGGAACCAACGGCUAGUUGGUUGAAGGAUACACAAGUACUAAAGUUUGACAAUCAGCGCACUUGUCUGGAGCAACUCGAGCGUAACUCGUCCAUUACUAUUAAGAAGGCGGUGCGCAAGGAUACCGGCAAAUACAAAUUAGUUUUGACGAAUAGUUCAGGUACAAUUGAAUCGGAAGCACAAGUUGUGGUUCUUGAUCGUCCAUUGGCACCCGGUGGUCCCUUUGAGCCAGAAGAAGUUCGUGCUCAUCAUAUUAAGAUGAAAUGGAAGCGCCCUGCUGAUGAUGGCGGUUGUGAAAUCACCGGCUAUGCGUUGGAGCGUAUGGAUGAUGAAACUGGACGCUGGAUACCAGCGGGAGAAGUUGGCCCAGAAGAGACGUCAUUUGAUUUCAAGGGACUCACACCAAAUAAAAAAUACAAAUUCCGUGUCAAGGCAAUUAACAAAGAAGGCGAGUCCGAACCGCUUGAAACAACUGAUGCGAUUGUUGCCAAGAAUCCAUACGAUCCUCCAAGUCCACCAAAUCAACCAGUCAUUGAUGAUUAUGAUAAUAAAAGUGUACUUCUUAAAUGGAAAAGACCUCCAUCGGAUGGUGGACGACCAAUUACACAUUAUAUUGUUGAAAUUAAGGAUAAAUUUUCGCCAACGUGGACGGAAGUAACCAAAACGGAGGAUCCAACGCCCGAAUGCAAAGUUGAAGGACUUAAGGAAAAAAUGAUCUAUCAAUUCCGAGUACGUGCUGUCAACAAGGCUGGACCCUCAGAGCCAUCACAGCCUACCGAUAAUCAUUUGUGCAAGCAUAAAAAUCUUAAGCCACAAAUUGACCGAACGACCUUUAAGCGGGUUACUCUCAAGAGUGGUCGAACUCAUAAAUGGUCGGUGGACGUUAGCGGUGAGCCCGUACCGGAAUUGGCAUGGAGUUGGCGAGAUGAUGUUCCAUUAACGAGCGGUGAUCGAAUUACUAUCGAAAAGGUUGACUACCACACGGAAUUUGUGAUAACAAAUGUAAAGCGCAACGAUAGUGGGCUCUAUACAUUGAAAGCUGAAAAUCGAAAUGGUGUUGAUCGCGAAACGGUUGAGUUAAUUGUUUUAGGUAAGCCCAGCUCACCAAAGGGACCACUCGUUGUCGACGAUGUUACCGCAACUGGAUGUAAGCUGCAUUGGAAAAAGCCGGAUGACGAUGGCGGAGUACCGAUUAAGGAAUAUGUGAUUGAAAAAAUGGAUACUGCAACUGGUAAAUGGAUUCGAGUUGGUAGAUCCGCUGGUGAAAAAGAACCCCCCAGUUUUGACGUGACUGGGUUAAAUCCGGGAUCAGAGUAUAAAUUCCGUGUGUCGGCAGUCAAUGAGGAGGGCGAAUCAGAACCAUUAACAACACUUGUAGGCGUUGUCGCCAAAGAUCCCUUCGAUGAGCCAAAUAAACCUGGUACUCCAGAGGUUGUCGAUUAUGACAAUCAAAGUGUUAAACUGAAGUGGACCCCACCAAAUAAUGAUGGUGGUGCUCCAAUUCAAAAGUACAUCAUUGAAAAGAAAGAUAAAAAUAAACCAGAAUGGGAAAAAGCUUUGGAAGUUUCAGGUGAUCAUUUGGAAGGAACAAUUGCCGGUCUUCAGGAAUAUGGUGAAUACGAGUUCCGAGUAAUUGCCGUCAACAAAGCUGGCCCAUCUCCACCGUCAGACGCAAGUCUGCCACAGAUCAUCAAAUAUAAAAAAUUGAAACCUCGAAUUGAUCGCACCAACUUAAAGCCUUUGCUAAUACGUGCUGGCAAACCUAUAAAAUACGACGUCAAUGUACGUGGUGAACCAGCUCCAACAAUUACAUGGUAUCAAAACGACAAUGAGCUCAAACCAGAAAACUUGCCAAGCAAUGCUGAAAUUAAAAACAUACCUCAUAAUACUAAAUUAUCGAUAAUAGAUGCGGUACGAGAGCACACUGGUGUCUAUAAGAUUCGCGCUGAGAAUGACCAUGGUUUUGAUGAGGCAACUGUUGAAGUGAACGUUUUGGGUCCUCCUGGUAAGCCAAGGGGACCGUUAACGGUCAACGAUAUUACCAAGGACAGCUGCAAGUUAAAAUGGAAGAAACCAGAAGAUGAUGGUGGUAAGCCCAUAACGGCCUAUCAAGUCGAGAAAUUCGAUAAAAAACAAGGUCGUUGGGUACCCGUCGGACGUACCUCUGGUAAUGAUACCGAAUUUGAUGUCAAAGGUCUUCAGGAAGGCCAUGAGUAUCAGUUUCGGGUCAAGGCCAUUAAUGAGGAGGGCGAAUCCGAACCUCUCGAGACCGACGGCAGCAUAAUUGCUAAAAAUCCAUAUGAAGCGGCCAGUAAGCCAGGUACACCUAUAAUCGAGGAUUACAAUGAACAUAUGGUCAAACUAAAAUGGGAGGUACCAAAAGACAAUGGUGGUGCCCCCAUCACAGGUUACAUUAUUGAGAAAAAAGAUAAAUUCGCACCGAUAUGGGACGAAGUUCUUACCACGAACACACCUGCACCAGAGGCAACAGUCGAGGGUCUUAUCGAAGGAAACGAGUAUCAAUUCCGUGUUCGAGCUAUUAAUAAGGCAGGCCCUAGCGAACCAAGUGAUGCGACUGCACCUCAUUUAGCCAAGCCAAGAAACCUCAAACCAUCCAUAAACCGAGAGAAAAUGAAACCCAUUAAAGUUCGAGCGGGUCAACCAGUUAAAUUUGAUGUAGAUGUCAAAGGAGAGCCCGCACCAACGUUAACGUGGGCCUUUAAAGAAAAAGAAAUUACGCCUAGUGGUCAAGCACGAUUAGAUAAUGAAGACUAUAAUACUAAACUGACAUUGUUAGAUACGACACGCAAAGAUAGUGGCGUCUAUAAACUUCGUGCUGAGAAUAUUAAUGGUGUUGAUGAGGCGGAAGUGGAAGUUAUUAUAUUAGAUAAACCUUCGAAGCCCGAAGGUCCAUUGGAUGUAAGCGAUAUUCAUAAAGAAGGCUGCAAACUGAAAUGGAAGAAACCAAAAGAUAAUGGUGGUGUACCUCUUACUGGAUAUGUUGUCGAAAAAAUGGAUACAGCGACUGGUAAAUGGGUACCUAUUGGAUCUGUUGAUCCUGCGAAAACUGAGAUUGAUGUGAAGGGUCUCGAGCCCAAUCAUCGCUAUCAAUUCCGUGUUAAGGCUGUCAAUGAGGAAGGCGAAUCGGAACCACUAGAAACGGAAUCAGCAAUUACAGCGAAGAAUCCAUUUGAUAUAGCUUCACCGCCUGGCUUACCAGAGCUGGAAGAUUGGGAUGAGCAUCACGUUAAAUUGAAAUGGGAACCACCUAUGCGAGAUGGGGGAUCACCAAUUACAAACUACAUUAUUGAAGUAAUGGACAAGGAUUCCGGAGAAUUUGUAAAAGCCGCCGAAACCGAUGGUCCCAUUUGCAAAGGUGUUGUCAAGAAGUUGGAGGAAGGUCAACAAUAUAAGUUUCGGGUUCGUGCUAUCAACAAAGCUGGCCCGUCAGAACCAUCUGAGCAAACGAAUUGGCAUACUGCAAAGCCUAGAUUCUUGAAACCCCAUAUUGACAGAACGAAUUUGAAGCCUAUAACUGUCAAAGCAGGAUUGUCAAUUAGCUUGGAUGUUAAUGUGAAAGGUGAGCCAGCUCCAACGGUUGAGUGGCUAUUUAAUAGUUUGCCCGUUGUCACCGAGGAAGAGGGUAUUAAGAUUGAUAACGUGGAUUAUAAUACCAAAUUCUUCAUAAUGCGAGCCAAACGCCCGCAGAGUGGCAAAUACACCAUAAAGGCUACAAAUGAAGUGGGCGAAGAUAUUGCAGAAUUAGAAGUGACAGUGUUGGGCAAACCAGGAAAACCAAAGGGCCCACUCGAAGCAAGCGAUAUAACGAAGCACGGCUGUAAGCUGAAAUGGAAAAAGCCUGAUGAUGAUGGUGGCUCUCCGAUAGACUAUUAUGAAAUUGAAAAACUUGAUCCACAUACGGGACAAUGGUUGCCAUGUGGCAAAAGCUCAGAGCCCGAAGCUAAGGUAACUGGACUUCAAGAAGGUAAGCCUUACAAAUUCCGUGUGCGGGCUGUUAAUAAGGAAGGUGAAUCUGAGAGCUUGGAAAUGGAACAAUCGAUUAUUGCAAAGAAUCCAUAUGAUGAACCCGACAAACCGGGACGCCCAGAGCCUACGAAUUGGGACAAGGAUUUUGUUGAUUUGGCAUGGACGCCGCCUAAAAAUGAUGGGGGAGCGCCAAUACAAAAAUAUAUCAUACAAAUGCGUGAUAAGUCUGGUAGAGCUUGGGUGGAUGCGGCCACUGUUCCGGGUGAUAAAACCAAGGGGACGGUUACUGGAGUUGAGGAAGGACAUGAGUACGAGUUCCGCGUUGUUGCUGUAAACAAAGCUGGUCCAAGCGAUCCCAGCGAUGUCUCCAAGUCCGUGGUGGCAAAACCACGAUUCUUAAAACCACACAUUGAUCGCAAGAAUCUACAAAAGAAGAUCAUGCGCAGUGGCCAAAUGUUACAUAUGGAGGCUGCAGUUAAAGCCGAGCCUCCAGCGAAAAUCACCUGGACAUAUAAUGGAGAGGAAAUUGUAAGCAAUGAAAAAAUUAAAAUUGAAAAUGAAGAGUAUAAGACGACGUUUAUAAUGCCUAAAGUACGACGCGCCGAUAAAGGUUUGUAUGUGGUUUCAGCUAAAAAUGAUUCUGGAACGGAUAUGGUAGAGAUUGAGCUGGAAGUAUUAUGCAAGCCAAGCAAACCAAAGGGACCUUUAGCUGUAUCCGACGUGUCGGCUGAAAGUGUACACCUAAAAUGGGAAAAGCCAGAUGACGAUGGUGGAGAACCCAUUGAACAUUAUGUAGUUGAACGUAUGGAUACCGAAACUGGUCGUUGGGUGCCAGUUGCGACAACAAAAACGCCCGAAGCCAAUAUUACCGGUUUAACCGAAGGCAAAGAAUACUUCUUCCGCGUAAAGGCUGUCAAUAGCGAAGGAGAAUCCGAACCUUUGACCACUGAUACGCCAAUUACAGCGAAAAAUCCAUACGAUGCAGCCAAUACACCUGGUAAGCCACAACUUACUGAUUGGUCGGCUAAUCAUGCCGAUCUCAAAUGGCGGGAGCCAGAAGAUGAUGGUGGUACUCCUAUUACCGGCUAUAUUGUUGAGAAGAAGGAUAAUAAUACCGGCAAAUGGCAAAAAGUAUUAGAAACAAAUACUCCUGCUUGCAAGGCCCGUGUUAACGAUUUGAUAGAAGGCACCAAAUAUCAGUUUAGAGUCAAGGCUAUCAACAAGGCGGGCCAGAGUAAGCCAUCUGAGCCUUCGGAUCAAAUGAUAGCCAAAGACCGAUUUGCACCACCGAAAAUUGAUAGAACCAAUAUUAAGGAUAUUACUAUCAAGGCUGGUCAGCAUAUACGAUACGACAUUAAAAUUUCAGGAGAGCCAGUCCCAUCCAAGAUAUGGUUCCAUAAUAAAGCUCGAAUCGAAGAUGAUGCGUAUAACAUUGAUAUGGAAGCGCAUCGCACAAAAUUAUCACUUCCGUAUGCCAAGAGAAUACAUACCGGCAAAUACACCAUCAAAGCUGAAAAUGAAUCGGGCCAUGAUGAGGCCUCCUUCGAGGUAACUGUUUUAGAUAAACCAGCUUCACCAGAAGGUCCAUUGCGUGUCUCAGAUGUGCACACGGAAGGAUGUAAGCUAAAGUGGAAUCCACCUCUGGACGAUGGUGGAUUGCCCAUUGAGCACUACGUGGUUGAAAAAAUGGAUCUGGAGUCUGGUCGCUGGCUACCAUCGGGUCGCUUUAAAGAGCCAUUUGCUGAAUUAAAUAAUUUAGAGCCCGGUCACGAGUACAAAUUUCGAGUGCUGGCAGUCAAUACGGAAGGUGAAUCGGAGCCACUUAACGGUGAUCAUUCAAUUAUUGCCAAGAAUCCAUUUGAUGAACCAGGCAAGCCCGGCACUCCAGAACCUGUUGAUUGGGAUAAGGAUCGCGUUGACUUGGUAUGGCGACCACCAUUAAAUGAUGGUGGCUCUCCCAUAACGUCUUAUGUUAUUGAAAAACGUGAGAAAGGCGGAAAUAAUAAAUGGUUGAAAGGAGCUGAAAUACCUGCACCGCAAUUUGGUGAAGAGUGUAAGGCGUCGGUGCCAAACCUGGACGAAAACUGUGAAUACGAGUUUCGAGUUAAAGCUGUUAAUGCGGCUGGCCCGGGAGAACCAUCCGAUGCUAGUCGAUCCGUCGUCACAAAACCUAGAAAACUUGCACCCAAAAUUGAUCGCCGCAAUAUUCGCACGUAUAAUGUGAAAGGUGGUGAGCCAAUAUUCUUGGAUAUUAACGUUAGCGGCGAACCAGCUCCCGAAAUAAGUUGGACUCAAAAUGGCAAAACAAUAAGUCCCACAUCUGUAUGCCACAUCGAAAACGUGCCUUACAAUACGAAAUAUAUAAACAAUAACCCAGAACGCAAAGACACAGGGCUUUAUAAAAUUGUUGCUCAUAACCUUUAUGGGCAAGACCAAGUCGAAUUUCAAAUAAAUAUAAUAACAAAGCCAAGUAAACCUGAAGGUCCCUUGGAAGUAUCUGACGUUCACAAGGACGGCUGCAAACUGAAGUGGAAAAAACCAAAGGAUGACGGCGGCGAACCAAUCGAUAGUUAUUUGGUCGAAAAAUACGAUCCUGAUACUGGCAUUUGGUUACCUGUGGGUAAGACCGAUAUACCUGAAAUUAAUGUGGAUGGAUUGAUACCUGGUCAAGAGUACAAGUUCCGUGUGAAAGCCGUUAACAAAGAAGGCGAAUCUGAGCCAUUGGAGACUUUAGGCUCAAUCAUCGCUAAAGAUCCAUUCACUACACCAUCGAAACCAGGAGCACCAGAACCUACAGAUUGGACUGCAAAUAAGGUGGAAUUGGCGUGGACAGAACCAGCUACUGAUGGCGGCUCACCAAUAACCGGGUACAUUAUUGAAGUCAAGGAUAAAUAUAGUCCACUAUGGGAAAAAGCACUCGAGACAGACAUUGCAACUCCAGUUGCAACCAUCAAUGGAUUAAUUGAAGGCAAUGAAUAUCAAUUCCGCGUAAUUGCGCUUAACAAGGGCGGACAAUCCGAGCCAUCGGAAGCAAGCAAAACAUUUGUAGCUAAACCACGGUAUUUGGCUCCUAAAAUCGACCGCAGAAAUCUGCGAGAUAUAACUAUAUCAGCGGGAACUGCUCUCAAAUUUGAUGCAAAUAUUAUUGGCGAGCCAGCACCGAAAGUAAAUUGGAAAUUUUCGGAUUAUCCACUGCAAUCUGGUAAAAACGUUACAAUUGAAACUCCCGACUAUUUUACAAAAUUAGUGAUACGUCCGACACAUCGCGCCGACUCUGGCGAGUAUUUAGUUACGGCUACAAAUAGUUCGGGUAAAGACAGUGUGUUAAUUAACGUGAACAUAACGGAUAAACCAACUCCACCCAAUGGACCGCUUCAGAUAUCGGAUAUUCACAAGGAAGGGUGUCACUUGAAAUGGAAGCGCCCCAAUGAUGAUGGUGGUACCCCCAUAGAAUAUUUUCAAAUCGAUAAGUUAGAUCCGGAAACUGGAAAUUGGACACCUUGUGCUCGUUCUUCCGAGCCACAAGCCGAUGUUAAUGGUCUAACACCUGGUAGUGAGUAUAAGUUCAGAGUAUCUGCUGUAAAUGCCGAGGGUGAAUCCGCUCCCUUAGUUGGUGACGAAUCCAUUAUUGCUAAAAAUCCAUUUGAUGAGCCCGACAAGCCUGAGAAUCUUCGUGCUGUCGAUUGGGAUAAGGAUCACAUUGAUUUAGCCUGGACUCCGCCGUUAAAUGAUGGUGGUUCUCCUAUAAUUGGCUACCUUGUAGAAAAAAAAGAUAAGUAUGGCAAGUGGGAGAAAGCAUUGGAAGUUCCAGCUGAUCAAUGUAAAGCUACUGUACCCGAUUUAAUCGAGGGUCAAGCCUAUGAGUUCCGCGUCAGCGCUAUUAAUGCUGCCGGCCCUGGGGAACCGUCGAAUACCACAGGCCCAAUUAUCGCCAAAUCACGCAACAAGCCACCCGUCAUUGACCGCAGUAGUUUAAUUGAGGUUCGCAUUAAAGCGGGUCAAGCGUUUGGUUUUGAUUGCAAGGUCUCGGGCGAGCCAGUCCCAAAAACUAAAUGGCUACUAAAAAAGAAGGAAGUCUAUACGAAAGACAACGCAAAGGUCACUCAUUUGGAGUACAAUACUAAACUUAAGAUAACAAAUGCAACACGCUCUGACUCCGGUUUAUACACAGUGCAUGCAGAGAAUAUUAACGGUGAGGAUAGUGCUGACGUUAAGGUCAUCAUUAUUGAUAAGCCAUCGCCACCCAAUGGACCGCUUAAGGUGGAAAAUGUACAUGCCAAUGGUUGCACUUUGAAAUGGAGUCCACCCGACGAUGACGGAGGUCAGCCCAUUGACAGUUACAUUGUUGAGAAAUUCGAUGAAGCAACUGGACGUUGGGUGCCGGCUGGAGAAACAGAUGGACCUAAGACAAAUCUGGACGUUAAAGACUUGAUACCAGGACACAAAUAUAAGUUUAGAGUGCGUGCUAAGAACCGUCAAGGCACAUCAGAUCCACUAACUACACCCCAUUCAACUGAAGCUAAGAAUCCUUACGAUGAACCAACUAAACCAGGCACCCCUUCAAUUAAAGAUUUUGAUAAAAACUUUGUUGAUUUGGAGUGGGAGAGGCCAAACAGCGAUGGCGGCUCCCCAAUUAGUGGUUAUAUUAUUGAGAAGCGUGAUAAAUAUGCACCGGAUUGGGAAACAUGCGCAGAGAUUGAAGGCGAUGUUACCAGCGGUCAUGUACCUGAAUUAAUUGAGGGCGUUAAAUAUGAAUUCCGUGUGCGAGCUGUAAACAAAGCUGGGGCAAGUACGCCAAGUGAUCCAACAGCGCCUCAUUUGGCACGCGCGAAAAAUUUGCCCCCGAAAAUCGAUAGGAGUUUUAUGGCAGAUAUUAAGGUACGAGCUGGCAAUGUUGUUGAAUUCGAUGUACCGGUCAGUGGAGAGCCAAUACCAAGCAAGGACUGGUCGCAUGACGAUAAUAUUGUCAUUAAUACGGAUCGCGUGAAAAUUUCAAUUUUUGAUGAUCGUACAAAAUUACGCAUUCUUGACGCCAAACGGAUUGAUACGGGAACAUACACGCUACUGGCGCGCAACCAUAACGGUGUGGAUAAGCAUUCGGUUAAAGUGACGGUUCUGGAUGUUCCCAGCGUACCAGAAGGACCUCUACGUGGCGAUGACGCUACGAAGAACUCUAUCGUAUUACGAUGGCGACCACCCAAAGAUGAUGGUGGCUCAGAGAUCACUCAUUAUAUUGUAGAAAAAAUGGAUAAUGAUGCGAUGCGUUGGGUUCCAGUCGGCGAAUGUUCUGGCAACGAGUUACGUGCCGAGAAUCUUAUCGAAAAUCAUGAUUACAAUUUUAGAGUACGGGCUGUCAACAAAUUGGGCCAAUCACAUCCACUGACAACAUCACAAGCCAUUACAGCCAAAGACCCAUUCACGCGUCCUGAUAAACCAGGACAGCCUCAGGCUGUGGAUUGGGGCAAGACCUUUGUUGAUUUAGAGUGGGCAACGCCAAAACGUGAUGGAGGCGCGCCAAUCACUUCUUAUAUUAUUGAAAAGCGUCCAAAGUUUGGACAAUGGGAAAAUGCUUUGGUUGUGUUAGGUAAUGAACUCAAAGCUCACAUCCCUGACUUGACUGAGGGAGGUGAGUAUGAAUUCCGUGUCAUUGCAGUAAAUCGUGGCGGUUCAAGCGAUCCCUCAGAUCCGUCUGGCACUGUGAUUUGUAAGCCACGCUUCCUCGCGCCAUAUUUCGAUGCAUCUCUAUUAAAUGACAUUACCGUGCACGCUGGAAAACGCUUGGGUUGGACUCUUCCCAUUGAAGCAUCACCUAGGCCGAGCAUUAAAUGGCUUUUUAAUGGCAAGGAAGUGCUCGGUAAAUCAAAUCUCUUCCAAAAUGAACUGACUUUUGAGAUAUCAUCGGCACGUCGCAGCGAUGAGGGACGAUAUACUUUGAUAUUGAAAAAUGAACAUGGUUCGUUUGAUGCAUCGGCUCAUGCUACUGUACUAGAUCGCCCAUCUCCUCCAAAGGGUCCUCUUGAUAUAUCGAAAGUUUCUCGGGAUGGCUGCCACUUGGCCUGGCAUGUACCAGACGAUGAUGGCGGGUCUCCUAUACUACAUUACAUAAUCGAAAAGAUGGAUCUGUCCCGCGGCACUUGGUCCGAUGCCGGUAUGAGCACUCAUCCUGUUCAUGAUGUCAUACGUCUGAUCCACAACAAGGAAUAUUUAUUCCGCGUGAAAGCGGUCAAUGCUAUUGGAGAAUCGGAACCAUUGGAGCUCGCCAAGAGCAUUAUAGCUAAAAACGAAUUUGAUGAACCAGACGCUCCUGGAAAGCCACUUGUUACCGAUUGGGAUCGCGAUCAUGUCGACCUACAAUGGACACCACCGAAAUCUGAUGGCGGUGCCCCACUCUCUGAAUACAUCGUUCAAAAGAAGCAAAAGGGUAGCCCUUACUGGGCGAAUGUUUUACAUGUCCCUGGAAACAAAACAAACGCCACAGUUCCCGAACUUGUUGAGGGACAAGAAUACGAAUUUAGAGUGAUUGCCGUUAAUCAGGCUGGGCAGUCUGAGCCGUCAGAGCCAACAGAUCCCAUCAUGGCCAAGCCUCGUUAUUUGGCGCCAAAGAUCAUCACGCCCCUUAACGAGGUCCGCAUUAAAGCUGGACUUAUUUUUCACGUGGAUAUUGAUUUUAUUGGCGAGCCUGCUCCUGAAGCUAUUUGGACGCAUAAAUGUAAUCAAUUAAAAUCAAAUGAGCGUUCGACAAUUACUGCAAUUGGACACCAUACUGUUGUGCACACUGUAAAUUGUCAACGUUCAGAUUCCGGUAUCUAUCAUUUACUUUUGCGGAAUGAUUCAGGCAUUGAUGAGGGAAGCUUUGAAUUGAUUGUACUCGAUCGACCCGGACCACCAGAAGGUCCGUUGGUGUAUGAAGAAAUCACUUCAAAUUCCGUCACAGUAUCAUGGAAGCCACCCAAAGACAAUGGCGGCUCCGAAAUUUCGGCAUACGUUAUUGAAAAACGCGAUUUAACGCAUGGUGGAGGCUGGGUUCCAGCUGUGAAUUAUGUGAACGCAAAGUACAAUCAUGCGAUUGUUCCUCGUUUGCUCGAGGGAACUAAAUACGAGUUUAGAGUUAUGGCUGAAAAUCUGCAGGGUCGAUCUGAUCCCUUAACAUCCGAGCAGCCUGUGAUUGCUAAAAAUCAAUACACUGUACCAGGAGCACCGGGUAAACCUGAUUUAAUUGACAGUGACAAGGAUCAUAUCGCUAUUAAAUGGAAGCAACCGAUUAGCAAUGGUGGCUCGCCGAUAUUAGGUUACGUCAUUGAACGACGUGAGGUCAGUACGGGCCGUUGGUUAAAGAUCAAUGGUGAACCAGUGCCAACCACCGAAUAUACCGAUAAUCGCAUAACACCAAAUCAUCAAUAUCAGUAUCGCAUAUCGGCAGUCAAUGCAGCCGGCAAUAGCAAACCUUCUGAGCCAUCAGCAACACUUACGGCCCGCCCUAUGCGCGAGAAGCCAAAACUUUAUUUGGAUGGCUUGGUUGGCAGACGUGUUAAGGUACGCGCUGGCGAACCAGUAAAUAUCAACAUACCCAUUUCUGGAGCACCAACGCCGUCAAUUGAAUGGAUGCGUGGUGAUCUAAAAUUGUCGGAGUCAAAGAAAAUCUCUUGCGAUACAAAUUCAGAAAGAACUAUUUUCCGUAUAGAUGAUUCUGCUCGAGAAGAUGCUGGAAUUUAUAAAUUGAGUGCCAAAAAUGAAUUUGGUCAGGAUUCAGCUGAUAUUGAAAUUAUUGUUGUGGACAAACCAUCGCCUCCUGUGGGACCACUUAACUACACGGAAACUGCUCCUGAUCAUAUCUCACUACAAUGGAAUCCUCCCAAAGAUAAUGGUGGUAGCGAUAUAACUGGCUAUAUUAUUGAGUUCAGUGAGUUUGGUGUUGGCAAUUGGAAACCCGUGCCGGGAUAUUGCCCCAAAACCAAUUAUUGUUGCAAGGGACUCAUAGAAGGCAAGAAAUAUGUGUUCCGCGUACGUGCUGAGAAUAUUCAUGGUAUCUCCGACGCAUUGGAAGGUAAGCCAGUUGUGGCCAAAUCACCAUUUGAUCCGCCUGGUGAGCCAUCACAACCCCAAAUUGUUGCAUACACUCCGAACUCAGCUUCAUUGGAAUGGCAUCCUCCAGAUUAUUGUGGAGGAAAACCGAUUUCAGGUUACAUUGUUGAGCGGCGAGAGCGAGGCGGUGAGUGGCUCAAAUGCAAUAAUUAUCCUACACCAAAUACCAGCUAUACCGUGCCCGAUCUACGUGAUGGUUGUCGCUACGAGUUCCGUGUGACAGCCGUAAAUGAUGCUGGCCCAGGAAAACCAUCGAAGCCAUCAGAACCAGUGACAGCGGAGCUACAACGCUAUCGUCCUGAUGCUCCAGAACCACCAAAAGCCGAUCGCAUCACAAAAGACAGCGUUACACUUUCAUGGCGCCCUCCACGUAAUGAUGGCAAGUCGAAAGUCAAGGGCUAUCACGUUGAAGUGCGUCCAAAGAACUCCAAAGAAUGGCGUCCCGUUAAUGAAUUACCAAUCAAUGCAAAUGUUUUUACUGUUCCUAAUUUGAAAGAAGGCGAAGAAUAUUCAUUCCGAAUUAUUGCUGAAAAUGAUGUUGGUCGCUCGGAACCCUCAAAACCAUCGCAGCCUAUCACAAUCAUGGAGCAACCUAAUAAACCAUGCAUGGAUUUGGGUGGUGUACGCGACAUUACUUGUAGGGCCGGCGAUGAUUUUAGCAUUCAUGUGCCAUAUGUGGCAUUCCCGAAACCAAAUGCUUUCUGGUACUCAAAUGAUACUGUAAUUGAUGAUGUGCUAGAUCAUCGUGUGCAUCAACGUUUAACAGAUGAUGCGGCUUCAUUUGUUGUCAAGAAUUCCAAACGCUCCGAUUCAGGCCAAUACCGUUUACAGCUGAAGAAUCCUUCAGGGUUCGAUACGGCCACAAUAAAUGUGAAAGUUUUGGAUAGACCGGGCCCACCACAUAAUUUGCGUGCUGAUGAAUUUGCUGGGGACUCCUUAACCCUUUAUUGGAAUCCUCCGAAAGAUGAUGGUGGUUCACCAGUGCAAAAUUAUAUAAUAGAAAAGAAAGAGGCUCGUUCCUCCACUUGGUCUAAGGUGAGCAGUUAUUGCACCGUGCCUUUUGUACGAAUUCGCAAUCUUGUAAUUAAUAAAGAGUAUGAAUUCCGCGUGUUUGCUGAGAAUAAAUAUGGUACAUCGGAAGCAGCAAUUACAACAGAACCAAUACGUGCUCGCCAUCCAUUUGAUGUACCAAAUGCACCUGGUAUUCCCCGAGGCAUUGAUUCUAGCGAGGAUAGCAUUACUAUUGCCUGGUCUAAGCCCAAGCAUGAUGGUGGUUCUCCGAUUACUGGAUACGUAAUCGAAAAGCGCUUGUUAAGUGAAGAGAAAUGGACAAAGGCAAUGCAUAAUCUAUGUCCGGAUUUAACGUGCAAGGUGCCCAAUUUAAUAGAGAAUGCAGAGUACGAAUUCCGUGUAGCGGCUGUUAAUGCUGCUGGACAAUCCCCGUAUAGCGCAUCCAGUGAUUUAAUUUAUUGCCGCCGACCACCGCACGCACCAAAGAUCACUUCCGAUUUAUCUAUACGGGAUCUCACUGUGAUUGCUGGAGAAGAAUUCCACAUUACUGUGCCAUAUCACUCAAAUCCAAGGGCUGUACCGAAUUGGAGUAUUAAUGGAAUUGAUGUUGUUCAGGAUGAACGCGUUAAAUUUGAAACAGAUGAUUACAGCUCGAUAUAUAGAAAUGUAAGUGCCAAACGAUCGGAAACUGGUUCAUAUACAAUUACAUUAAGCAAUACUAAGGGUUCGGACACGGCAUCUUGCCAUGUGACUGUGGUAGAUCGUCCUGGCCCACCACAAGGACCAUUAAAUGCUUAUGAUAUUACACCGGAUACGUGUACGUUAGCUUGGAAGACUCCUUUAGAUGAUGGUGGGUCGCCCAUUACUAACUAUGUUGUAGAGAAGUUAGACACGAGUGGCACUUGGGUAAAAGUCAGUAGUUUUGUUCGUAACACGCACUACGAUCUAAUGGGCCUGGAACCCAAUCAUAAAUACAAUUUCCGAGUGCGUGCUGAGAAUCAAUAUGGCCUGUCUGAUCCACUGGAUUUGUCCGAGCCGAUAACAGCCAAACAUCAAUUUACUGUGCCUGAUGAACCUGGACAACCCAAAGUCAUAGACUGGGACUCAGGCAAUGUGACUUUGAUCUGGACACGUCCAACAAGUGAUGGUGGCUCUCGUAUUCAAGGCUAUCAAAUUGAAUACAGAGAUGUUGUGAACGACUCUUCAUGGAAUACUUAUGAGUUCCUCAUCAAGGAUACCAAAUAUCAACUAUAUAAUUUGAUCAAUGGCAAUGAAUAUGAAUUCCGUAUCAAGGCAAGAAACGUCGCUGGUCUUAGCAAACCGUCGCAACCAUCAAUGAGAUUCAAACUUAAGGGUAAAUUUAAUGUGCCUGCGGCACCAGGGACUCCACAAGUGACGAAAGUUGGCAAAAAUUAUGUCGAUUUGAAGUGGGAAAAACCAAUAAAUGAUGGAGGAUCUCGCAUCACCGGUUACAUAAUCGAGAGACGAGAUAUUGGUGGUGCAGUUUGGGUUAAGUGUAAUGAUUAUAAUGUGCUAGAUACCGAAUUUACAGUCAUUAAUCUUAUCGAAAUGGGCGAUUAUGAGUUCCGCGUAUUUGCUGUUAAUGCAGCUGGUCGUUCUGAACCCAGUUUAUGCACCAUGCCCAUUAAGGUGUGCGAAAUUUUGGGCGGCGAGAAACCUGAUUGGAUUAAACGCUUACAAAACCGAGUCGCACCUUGCGGUAAAGAUUUUACUUUGGAAUGCGCAGCAUCGGGUAAACCAAUACCUACUGCCCGUUGGCUACGCAAUGGCAAAGAAAUCCAAAUGGGCGGAGGACAUAUCUCAAGCGAUAGCAAGGAUGGCGUAUUUAGAUUACACUUAUCUAAUGUACAAGCUAAUGAUGAUGGGGAUUACACUUGUGAAGCCAUCAAUUCUUUAGGAUUUGUACAUACCUCUGGUUAUCUAAAAGUGGGCUCGCCACCUAUUAUCAAUAGAUGUCCCAAUGAACUGUAUUUACCAGAGGGCGAUAAUAACAAAUUUAAAGUUUAUUAUUCUGGAGAUCAGCCGAUGUCAGUGAGACUAACGUGCAAUAAUGAGCCCAUAAUUGAUUCAGGCGAUAAUUCACAUUUUAGACUUAACAUCUUCGAUGAUUAUAUUGCCAUUUGUAUCAGGGAUAUUGUGAAAAACGAUGCAGGUCAAUAUCAAAUUGAAUUAUCUAAUGAUUCUGGCAAUGCAAACGCGAAUUUUAAUGUUUUUAUUACUGGUCUUCCUUCAAUACCAACUGGUCCUUUGGGAAUAUCUCACAUUAAUAAGCACUCUUGUACAUUGGCUUGGCGUCCACCUAGUUAUGAUGGCGGACUAAAAAUUACUCACUAUGUGGUGGAACGCAAGGAUCUUACUUCACCUCAUUGGAUUACAGUAUCGAGCUCAUGCAAGGAUUUGUCGUUCAAUGUGCAAGGUCUGCUCGAGAAUCAAGAAUAUAUAUUCCGAGUGAUGGCUGUUAACGAGAAUGGUAUGGGUUUGCCAUUGGAAGGCUUAAAUCCGAUACGCGCCAAGGCUCCAGUUGAUCCACCUUCACCGCCCGGCAUUCCACAAAUUACCGAAAUCGGCGGAGACUUUGUUCACUUGGAAUGGACCAAGCCCGAAUUCGAUGGCGGUGCCCAUAUCCAAGGCUAUUGGAUUGACAAACGCGAAAUUGGCAGCGAUACUUGGCAACGAGUUAAUCCAAUCAUAUGUCUACCCAAUCAAAUUAACUGCCACAAUCUAAUUGAGAGUCGUCAGUAUGAAUUCCGAGUUAUAGCGCAAAAUAUUGCCGGGCUUUCAAAGGAAUCAUCUGCAUCGCAGACCGUUAAAAUUAUCGAUCCAAAGGCGGCAACGCCACCCAUUAUUGAGAAACCACUGCGCGAUGCACAUUGCAUUCAAAAUCACAAUGCGCAGUUCACGUGCACCAUAACUGGUGUACCUAGACCAACUAUAUCCUGGUUUAAGGGCGCCAGGGAAAUAACAAAUGGAGCUCGAUAUCGCAUCUAUUCAGAAGGGGACAGUCAUUUCCUCAAUAUUAACGAUAUUUUUGGUGAAGAUGCCGACGAAUAUGUUUGCCGUGCUGUUAACAAAGCUGGUGCCAAGUCCACACGUGCUGCACUCGCAAUUAUGACUGCCCCUAAACUAAAUGUGCCACCAAGAUUUAGAGAUACUGCCUACUUCGAUAAGGGUGAAAAUGUUGUUAUCAAAAUACCUUUCACCGGUUUUCCCAAGCCUCGCAUACAUUGGGUUCGGGAAGGAGAAUGUAUCGAAUCUGGCGGUCACUACAAUGUUGAAGUGAAGGAUCGUCACGCUGUGCUGACAAUACGCGACGGCUCUCGCCUCGAUUCAGGGCCAUAUCGAAUUACAGCUGAGAAUGAACUUGGCGUCGAUGUCGCCAACAUCCAAGUGCAAAUCAGUGAUAGGCCAGAUCCGCCACGUUUCCCGUUGGUGGAAAGUAUCGGGACUGAUUCGCUGUCUCUAAGUUGGAAACAACCUGUUUGGGAUGGCGGUAGCGACAUUACAAACUACCUGGUAGAACGCCGCGAGCAUCCAUUGUCUUCGUGGAUACGUGUGGGUAACACACGCUUUACUUCAAUGGCUGUCAGUGGCUUAAGCCCAGGCAAGGAGUAUGAUUUUCGUAUUUUUGCCGAUAACGUUUAUGGACGUUCGGAUUCAUCGGAAAUAAGCACUUUGAUCAAAACGAAAGAUGCAACUAAGAAGAAGCCAACAGAACGCAAAUGGGAGUUGGAUGCGAAUGGCAAGAGAAUUCGUGGCAAGGCCGAUGGACCUAUUAAGGAUUACGAUUCUUAUGUAUUCGAUAUUUAUUCAAAGUUUGUUCCACAGCCCGUGGAAAUAUCACAAACUAGUGUUUAUGAUAAAUACGAUAUUCUAGAGGAAAUCGGAACUGGAGCGUUUGGUGUUGUCCAUCGAUGCCGUGAGCGCAGCACUGGCAAUAUUUUUGCAGCAAAAUUCAUACCUGUAUCGCAUUCCGUCGAAAAAGAGUUGAUUCGCCGAGAGAUUGAUAUUAUGAAUCAGCUGCAUCAUCAAAAACUUAUCAACUUACAUGACGCUUUCGAAGAUGAUGAUGAAAUGGUACUCAUUCUGGAAUUUUUAUCCGGUGGUGAACUCUUUGAGCGCAUUACGGCUGAAGGCUAUGUGAUGACCGAAGCUGAAGUUAUCAACUAUAUGCGACAAAUAUGUGAAGGCAUCCGGCACAUGCAUGAGAAGAACAUUAUUCACUUGGAUAUUAAGCCUGAGAAUAUAAUGUGUCAGACUCGUAGUAGCACAUGUGUUAAGCUCAUUGAUUUCGGAUUAGCCACACGAUUGGAUCCAAAUGAAAUGGUAAAAAUCACGACGGGAACAGCUGAAUUUGCUGCUCCGGAAAUUGUCAACAGAGAACCCGUUGGCUUCUAUACUGAUAUGUGGGCCACCGGAGUACUUGCCUACGUUCUAUUAAGUGGACUUUCUCCAUUUGCUGGAGAUAAUGAUGUGCAAACACUGAAAAAUGUGAAGGCAUGUGAUUGGGACUUUGAUAAGGAAGCAUUCAAACAUAUUUCCGAAGAGGGCAAAGAUUUUAUAAGGAAACUUCUUCUUGCCAACAAAGAGAAACGAAUGACCGCGCACGAAUGCCUGUUGCAUCCCUGGCUGACGGGAGAUCAUAGUGAAUUAAAACAAAAAAUUGCACGCGAUCGUUACCUCGCAUAUCGAGAGAGACUAAGACAAAAAUAUGCCGAUUUCGAAAAAUACUUACUGCCAAUUGGACGAUUAUCCGAAUAUUCAUCAUUGCGCAAAUUACUCAUGGAGAAAUACAAGAUACACGAAGCGGUCUUUGAUCGAAGACAAGCUGCUCCACGAUUUGUCAUUCGACCAUCUUCUCAAUUUUGUUAUGAGGGUCAAAGCGUUAAGUUUUAUUGCCGAUGCAUUGCAAUUGCUACCCCUACAUUAACGUGGUCGCACAACAAUAUUGAGUUGCGGCAGAGCGUUAAAUUUAUGAAAAGAUAUGCUGGUGAUGAUUAUUACUUUAUCAUAAAUCGAGUUAAACUCGAGGACCGAGGGGAAUAUAUCAUUAGAGCCGAAAAUCAUUAUGGCUCACGCGAGGAAGUCGUUUUCCUCAAUGUCCAUCCCCUGCCAAAAGAACAGCCCAGAUAUCGAAUUGAAUCGACGCCGGUUCGUCGCCGUGAACCAUUGCCUUACACAUUCUGGCAGGAAGAAUCCGAGUCGGCACCCAGUUUUACAUUCCUUUUACGUCCACGCGUAAUGCAAGCUCGUGACACAUGUAAGCUUCUUUGUUGCCUCAGUGGUAAACCAGUUCCUACCGUCAAAUGGUAUAAGGAUGGGCGUGAAUUAAGUAAAUACGAGUACGCCAUGACCCAUUCAGAUGGUGUUGUCACAAUGGAAAUAAUUGAUUGCAAGCCUUCGGACUCCGGCAAAUAUAGUUGCAAAGCAACUAAUUGCCAUGGGACUGACGAAACUGAGUGUGUUGUUAUAGUUGAAGGAGAAUGGGUAACGCCUGAGCAGGCUGAACUUGCUCACAAUUUUCUAUACUCAGGAGAUCGUAAGUACAUUGAACAGCCCAUCAAGCCAUCCCCAGCACCAAUUAUCACAAACCGUCAAUUUACAUCAUCAACCAGUAAUGCGCAGACGGCGAGAACCAGCUUAACUUCUAAUGGCAAGAGUGUCAUCAGCACAAACAGUAGUUCCUCAACAACUCAGAAUAGCAUUUCAAGUAAGAAGAAAUAUGCAGCCAAUUCCUUACAAGCGCCAGGCAGCCCAUCUAGAUCUCGAAGUGCCACCAAAGAGCUAAUACUUCCUCCGGAUGACUCGUUAAUGUGCAAGCCGGAGUUUACAAAGCCUCUUUUUGAUUUGACUGUACACGAUGGCGAUGAAUUAGUAUUAAGUUGCCAUGUAAAAGGCGAUCCAGAACCACAAAUCACAUGGUCCAAGAACGGCAAGACUAUAUCUUCCUCGGAAAUAAUGGACUUAAAGUAUAAGAAUGGUAUUGCCACUCUUACCAUUCAUGAAAUUUUUCCGGAAGAUGAAGGCAUUUUCACAUGCACUGCAACAAAUUCAAUCAGUGCUGUCGAAACCAAAUGCAAACUAAGCGUUAAACUUUUGGACAAAGUGUCGAGCAACCGUAAGGUACCGGUUGGAAGCGAUAAACAACCCAAAAUUGUAAGCCAUUUGGAAUCAAGAUUUGUUAAAGAUGGAGAUGCAGUUACUCUGGCUUGUCGUAUUAUUGGCGCCAAACAUUUUGACGUAGUAUGGCUGCAUAAUAAUAAGGAAAUCAAACCCAGCAAGGAUUUCCAAUACACGAAUGAGGCAAAUAUCUAUCGCUUGCAGAUCGCAGAAAUAUUUCCAGAGGAUGGUGGUACUUACACAUGUGAGGCGUUUAACGAUGCUGGAGAAACUUUCAGCACAUGUACCAUAAAUGUCGUCGUACCUGGUGACGAACCGAAGUCGCCAACUUUUAUUAAAUUUCCUAUUUCUGUUUCUUUAACGGAAGGAGAGAAAGCUAAUUUUGAAUGUGAGCUCGACAGCGAUCUGUCCAAUCUGUCUUGGAUGAAAGAUGGCAAGCCUAUUGAUGAGUCGCAUUCGAGAUACUCAUUCACCAAGGACAACAAUCGUUAUACGUUUACAAUCAUCAAAUGCACAUUAGAUGAUGUUGGCCAAUAUCAGACGAAGGCAAUGGCUACGAAGGGUGAAAGCCUGUGUGCAUUUUCGCUUAAUGUGCAGAGCCCUGAUACCUAAAGCACAUGCAACUAUUUAGACUGCUCAUUAUUUACUAAACAUAUCUCAUCUAAAUUUGAAACAAAAUUAAAUAUCAAAAAUCAAUUAUCAAAAUGUAACCAACGAUACAGAUAUUCUCUAUCCUUCAUUAGUGAUUAUAACUACAACCUCAAUUACAUUUGGACUGACAAUAAUACGAAGAUCACCUAUUAUUUAUAGAGAUAAAAACAAAAAUGUUUUGCUAAUAUUUAAAUAAUAGUAACAUUUAGGCGAAAUGUAAUUUUUACAUUUUAUUGUAUGAUGUAUUCUAUGUACAUUAAUUGCUAUGUACAUUAAUUGACAAUUGACCAUUCUACGAAAAUUCUAUAGCGGUCCAAUCAAACUGUCGUUCGAUCUGUGGCACUUAUGCUGGCAUCCUCACUUAAAAUCUUCACUGCAUAAGUUUCACAUUUUAGUUGGCCAUGAUUUAUUUUCUGCUAUUUUCAUAUAAUAUUAUUGCGAUUAAUUGAACCAAAAAUAGAUUACAAUAAAUCUGAAAUAUCGAAAAUCGAAAAAAAAUAAACGAAUUGCAAAUUUACAAGCUGG